GUCCAGAACGGCUCGCUGACGCAGAAGGUCGUGCAGUGCACCGCGCAGGAGCGAGACGCCCUGCAGGUCAUGCUCGACUGCACCUUCAAGAGGGUGCUGACACGCGACCGGCAGCCCGACGACGAUGCCCCGGAGGACGAGGAGAUGCCGUACUGUGUGGACCUCGUCACGGCCUUCCGAAGCGAGCACGCCCCGCUCUACAAGCGCUUCCUCGACAGACGCGGGGGCGAGGAGGCGGCGGUGGACGACCCCUUCGAGGCGAAGACGGCGCUCCGCCAGACCCUGGUCACGAGGCGGCUCGCCCGAGGCGACGCCUAUUUGUUCCACGGCACCAACCCGUCUUCGGCCAUGAGUAUUAUGAAGACCGGCUUCGUGCUGGACCACGCAGGGUCUGCCACCGGCACGAUGUAUGGCGCUGGGGUCUACAUGGCGGAGUGCGCUUCGAAGUCCGACGAGUACGGGCGGGACGACGGCGGGAACACGUACCCCGGGCUCAACGCCCUGCUGGUGUGCCGCUGCUAUGUCGGGAAGCCGCUCGUCGUGGACUCCGCCGGUGACAGGUGUCAAGAAGCAAGGGAUCAAGGAUUCGAUUGCGUCUGCGGCGACAGAGAGACAAAGGCGGGGACGUACAGGGAGUUCGUCUUCUUCGACGAGGCGCAGGUUUACCCGGAGUACGUGGUGAUCUACCGGCGGCAGUACGAGUCCAGCAAG